AUGAGCACACCUUUGGUUCCAAGCAACACAUGUUGCUCUGAACAGGGCAACAUCAAUGAAGCAAAAAAUAACAACGAAAGUGAGACUGAUCUAGGUGAUUCCAAUGCAAACCAAAUUUUCCCAACUGGAAACAUUCAUGAACAAUCUGGGGUACACAGCAGCAAUGAGAAAUCAGAAAUCCUGGGUACAUGGAAAUCUGGUAUAGAGACAUUGUCCAGUGAAGGGCACAGGGCACCACUAGACUGCGGGGAGGGCGCACCAAUUAGCGAUGUAUUAAGCGAUACAAAGUUUCACUCAUCAACAAACAAGGAUUACAUAACUACUGAUGACAAUUUGAAAACAUUUUUGACUCAAGGACAAACUUAUCUUAAUUCCAAGACCAGCACAUAUGAAAGAAGCUCAGUACUUCCACUAAAUAAAGCCAGUGAAUCUUCUCUAAGUAUUUAUAGUAAUAAUUCAGUACCCGUGGCACAAGCUGAUCGAGUUAAAGGCCUUUCCUUUUUAAAAUCAGGUAUUGUUUCACUUAAAACAGAACCUUUUAUAAAAGAGCAUCCUUCACCUCCACCAGCUAUUGAUUCACCAUCCCGGCAUGUGCCAUAUUUCCAAAAUCCAAGCCACGGCAUCAGGGCCUCUCCAGUUGAUCAUUUAUUUGGAUUAUCCUCUCAUUCACUAAAUAAUACCUCAGAGGAAAAAAAGAUUGUAUUUUAUUCUAAGCUACCUACCUCAGAUAUCAAAGCCCCAGAAUUUUCUAUGGCUGAGGAAAUUGUCUCAAACAAACAAAGCACAAUACAACAUUCUUCAAGCAUUGAUCACCACUCACGUUUAACUUACAAACCUCAGGUAAUAUGUAGCGUCUCAGAAGCACAAUUGUAUCAGGGUAAAGCAAGCAAAGUCUCAGAAUUAACUGAUUCAAAGUGUAUGAAUCAGUCUAAACAUAUCUCUCAGCAAAAAACAAAUCACAUAUCACUGGUCGAGCUGCCUGGAGUGAAAAAAACGGAAUCUGUCUCAGAAAGUAGAACUUCUCCUUUAAUUUCAGAAAGUAGAACAUCUCCUUUAAUUUUUCCUCGUGGCCAGUCAGAUGGCUUCCAAUCAAAUAAAAUGUUAAAGCAAACUGACAAAUUUGUAUGUAGCAGUCCUAAAAUGUCUAGUGUGAAUUUAAGAAUGGAUGAAUAUGCAGCUAUUGUAUCAAACAAUGAGAGAAACACCAAGCCUGCUUUGAGAAAAACAGUGUCCCUUAGCGAGUCACUAGAGAAUAAAACACAUCUGUAUAAAGACAGAGUUUCAGAGGAAGAGAAUCUUUGUCAGGGAAGUGAUAACACUUUUAUUUCAAGCAGCUCUGUGAUUUUUAUGAAAGAUAAAACUGCUUUAGCUGAUAACAGAAAGACAGCUAUUGGGAGAAAACAUCAGACAGACAUUUUAAAAGGCAAUAUAAAAGAGAGCCAUAAAAAUUCCACUGAUAGCUUUUUAUGUACUCCUAUUCCCUCAUGCCCACUGGCAGCACUAAAUAUUAAUGAUCAGCGCAUUACCCCAACGAGCAGUUUGAAGGAUCUCAAUGCCGUUCAAGUUGACAGAUUGUCACCUUCCUCAGUUCUACCUCCUAUUGAGAGUACACAGUUGUUCAACAUAUCCCCUACAGCUACUAACAAGAUGCUUUGUAACAGUGGAAUUCCAAAACCAAUACUAAUACAUUCCAAACCUUCCCUGGCAGAUAAAGGCGACAUGGAAAUCAAUUAUAGUGAAAAAAUUGAAGAGAUGAUUGAACCAGCUAUCAUUUUGCCUAAACCCAAGCCUGUGAGACCUAAAAUUAUCACAUAUAUCAGGAGAAACCCUCAAGCAGUAGAUAGAAUCCCAUUCGGACACAUGGGUCUGCCAUAUGGAACUCCAACUUCUAAUAUUCCAGCUUCAAAGGAACAGGAGCUCUUAAGUAAUGACAUUAAAACAUCCAAUGUAUUGCUAGAUAAAUACAAAACCGAUAUACAGAAGUCAAGGAUAUACAGUAGUAGUUUAAUGGUAUCUGGAAUAAGGCCUCCUGGACAUCAUUUUGGAGACAUAAGUGAGAAAUCAAUAGACGAGACAGGGGAAAGGCAGCGCAAAGAAGAGUUCUGUUCUCCAACGUUUGCUCAUUAUGAAGUCUCUCCGAGCUUCUACAGAUCCACCAUGAUUUUGAAGCCUCAGCUUGGUUUGGGUGCUGUCUCCAGGCUGCCAUCAGCAAAAAGCAGAAUAUUGAUAGCAAGUCAACGCUCGUCAAGCAAUGCCCUAACUCAGCAAGAGCAACUGAUAUCUGCCACAAGUAUUAGCAACCCAGAUGUUUCAGAGGAUCUAAAAAAAAGCUGUUUUACAAACGGGGGGAAAUUAAAUCUACCUAAACCUUGCCAGUCUGGUCUUCGGCCUCCUGGUUAUUCACGGUUACCUGCAGCAAAGCUAUCUACCUUUGGAUUUGUCAGAAGCUCAAGUGUAUCAUCACUGUCAAGCAACCAAUCCAAUGAAAGCAUCCCAGCUGACCAGAGCAGGGCACCCAAUGCAGGUACAAAUGAAGAACAGUCUACUCAAAAGGCAGGCUUAUCCUCGAAAGAUAUUCCCAAGGGUAGCAGUAGGACGCUCCUGCAAGUGUGUAGCAGCACAACCGUGCCCCGCAGGAGUUUGCUUCCAGCACCGAAAUCAACCACAUCACCUGCUGGUUUAAAGAAGGAGGUACAAAAAGAUCAUGAAAUCAUCAAGCCCAUUAUUUCUUCACCAAAAAAGCAAGUGGUUUCUACUGCAAAGCUUCAGUCGCCAGGACAUCCUAAGUUAAGACCAACUAUCCAAAAGAAUGGCUACACUACCACCAAACCAGAAGUCCAGACUCGUGAGGCUGAUCGUCAGCUUGUGCAGAAACUCAAGGAGAAGUGUGAGGAGCACUCAAAGAAACUUUUCUUUGUGGAAGAAGAGUAUAAAAAAGCAAGCCAUGGAUUUCUAGUGUUUGCUGUGACCACACAAUACUUCUUUAACAAGAAUGAAGUUGGUCUUAUGAAAGAAAAAGAACUUUCUGUUGAGCUUGCAACAAUUCAUGAUGAAGUGGCCUUUAACAUCACAAAGUGUGAGAAAUUACAAAAAGAGAAGGAGGAGCUAGAAAUCAAGUUUGAUAAUGAAGUGAGAAAGCUUGAAAGUCAACAACAAGGAGAACUCCAGGCUCUGAAAGAUCAACUGCAGUUACAUUUUAAUGAGGAAAUAGAGCGUUUACGAAAAGAACAGAAUGUCCAGCUUCUCAGAAUACAAUCUCAACACCAGGAGCAGAUUGAAGAUAUCGCUGCCAACCACGAAAUUGCACUGGAAGAGAUGAAACAAAAGCAUUCAACUGCCAUUACUGCUCUACAGGAUGACAAUGAGAACAGAGUUGACGAUAUGAGAGCAAACCACGAAUUAGAAAAGAAAAUGUUAGAAGACAGCUUCGAAAAACUCCGUCUGUCUCUACAGGACCAGGUUGACACUUUAACAUUCCAAAAUCAUUCACUAAGAGAUAGAGCAAAGAGAUUUGAAGAAGCUUUAAUGAAGAGUACUAAUGAGCAACUUGAAAUUGCAUUAGCACCAUAUAGACACCUAGAUGAAGAUUUAAAAAGUGUAAAACAAGUCUUAGAGAUGAAGAAUCAACUUAUUCAUGCACAGGAAAAGAGGAUAAUGGAAUUAGAAAAGCUGGCGGAACUAAAUGUGAUCUUGGAGGAGCGGAUUCAGGUGCUACAACAGCAAAAUGAAGACAUGAAAGCCAGAAUUGACCAAAAUGUUGUUGUAACAAGGCAAUUAUCAGUGGAAAAUGCCAAUCUCCAAGAGAGUGUGGAGAAAGAAAGUGAAGAGAAGAAGCGGUUAAGUCGAACAAAUGAAGAGCUGGUUUGGAAACUUCAGACUGCUGAUUCCAUGAGUCCUGUUAAGGUGUCUCCUUCACUUAGUCACUCGGCUUCCGGACCUCUUUCCCCUUCUAAAGUCAGCACCACCCCCAGAUGACACCAGGAUAAAUGAGGAACAAAGCUAUUUGUGCUGAGUUGCGUUUCCCAAAUAGUGCUGACGCUAUCUCUGGGUCUUUCCCUACAAGCUGGAGUGCAAUCACACAAUAAGGACGUAUGGCUCAGUACCACUGCUUAAAGCCAAGAACAGAUAUUAUAUUUAAAAAUAAAAGCCACAUCAGUAUUUCAGGUUCCAAACAGUCCAAAAUGCUGGGGAUGUAUAUAUUUAAUUUCACACAAAUUACAGGUUUAUACAUGUGCAGUAUAUACUACUGUGUAAAUAGUAAAUUUCAAGCUUUUCAUUUUAUUUCUAUCUUACUGGGUAAAUGCUGAUGUGUUUAUUUAUGGUCAGCCAUUUUUUUUUAACUUGUGCCUCUGUCUUCUACCUGAAUGGGACAUGUUUCUGUCCAUAUCUUUCUACUGCUAAAUAAUAACAAGUUACACUGAUCUAAAGAAAACAAACAAGCGCCUUUCUACGUAUCACAAAAUAAAACAUGAUCACCAGCGGUAUCAAAUUUGGAAACAACGCUGCCUUCGCAAUAAUUAACCGCUUUGCCAGCAUGUCAGGCAUUUGUAUUCCGUGUCUGUUCACUAAUCAACCCUGCUGAGGCGUUUAGUUUACAAUCUGCUUUUGGACUUGGCUUUUGCAGAAUUCUGUCUUCUUCCUUUUCCUUUGGAGAAAUGUUGGGCUUUUUUGCUUCAGAGGUUGUUUUGAAGAAGCAAAUUUGUUUCUCAGUAUGUAAAUAGGGUAUAUUUUAUCUUAGAUAUGUCACUAUUUAAUAAUGAAAGAACGUUAUUUCUAGACCCUUUAAUAUCACAGACUUCUUUACCUUUACACAUUUGUUCAACCCUAUUGCUGUGUCUGUUAUAUUGAAAAUCCAUAGCUAUUCUGGUCUUUAGAAGCUGUUUUUGUCCCUUCCAUAUUAGUUACUUUUUUACUUAUGUGAUAUAUAUAUAUAUACUGUUUUUAUUAGCUAAAAACUUGGGAUUUUGCUAAAUAAAUAGCAACUUGCACGGGUAAACACAGUUUAUAGUUUAUUUUGACCAAUAUAUGUGAUGAAUUCCAAACCUCUGUUUUGUUUUCAAAUAUCAAAAGCUGCACAAAAUAUCUGCCACAUAAUGCUUUUUGUAAUUGAUUUUAUUUGUCAUGUUGGGUUGUACAUUAUAGGAUUCACACUGGAGAAAUUUUAAGAUAGUAGAUUUUAAAAGAAGAUUCAAAGUAAUUUGUGGUAAAAUGAAAACUGGUUUGAUUCUAGAAGAAUUUUAGAAAGACCAAGCCAAGAGAGGUAUCUGUAACCAGAAAUAUUCCUGGUCUUCUAUCUUGUGUACAGUGCAGUUUUACUAGACAAAUACUUUCUGUUGUAAAUGUUUUUUUCUAGUAUCUAUACACUGUUUUGCAUUGUAUAUUGAUUUACAUGGGUUUACAGAAGCAAUAAAAUAAGGGUGGGAUAUAUUACUUUAAA